UCUUUCGCGCUCCCUAAAAGCUAGGUUAGGAAUUUUGAAAGAUGGACCUUUUAAAAUCAAUUCCGGUCAGAAAAAAUUACAGUGAGCCUGAUUAUGUGGAAAAUUUUUCUGAACAUGGUCAAAUAUUGUCAGUACAUUUCUCACCGUUUGAAUGGUCCCAAGAUUUAAUUCUUAUCGCAUUUGAAACCAAAGUGAUUUUGGCUCACCUAAAUCUAGAGGAUGCUCCCUCGUUGAAAGUUGUGUCGGAAUUUAAUCACCAAUGUAGAUGUACCUCACUAUGUUUUUCCCCAGAGACUUCUUUAAAUACAAUGCCCAAUGCAGUCAUAUUUACUGUAGCUGGCAGUGAUUAUAAGUUACGUGUUUAUUCCAGCGAUUUACGAGAAAAUAACACUUGCAAAUUACUCUCAGGACAUACAAGCUACAUCAAUGACAUCAGUUAUGAUUCAGAUAAUAGUUAUUUAGUAUCUGCUAGUGAUGAUAACACAGUUAAAAUAUGGACUACUGAUGAUUAUAAAUUGAAGAAUACAUUUCACCUAACUUCUCCAGGAAUGUCUGUAUCAUGGCAUAGGGCUGAUGAAUGUAAAUUGUUAGUGGCUGAGAAAAUUGGUAUUAUAAGAUUUUAUAAUGUGGAAGUUGAAGUAGCAAUAAUAUCAUUAGAUUAUGGAAAACCACUUAUAAGUGCCAGUUGGGGACCAGUUGAUGAACAACUUGUGGCCUCCCUUCAUAUGGGAGAAUUAGUAGUUUGGGACUUGACGAAACCAUGUCUUCCAAUUCACACCACAAUAUUGUUUAAUGAAAAUGGGGGCCACAUUAGAUUUAGUCCACAAGCAGAACUGAUAGCAGCAACUAAUAGUAUAGAAGGAAGUUUAAAAGUCAUCCAUGUGAAAUCACAAGCUACAAAAUUAACAACAACAGUUACAUUACCCACAAAUGUCACCUGGCAUUAUAGAUAUCCCCUUGUUUGUGUAGGAGAUGACUCUAAAUUGUGCUUCUGGAAGGUAUCAUCAAAAUAAUUUUUU